AUGUUCAUUGUUAUGAACAUAAAGUAUCAAAAUGGCAGUCUGUCAUCACGAUUAUUGAGUUUGAGUACAUAAAACGUAAUAUUGUUUGUGUUUUGGUUUUAAACGCUAUCCGCUAAACGAGAAUUAUGAUACCUAUUUGCUGAAAAACAGAAAGUUAUUACAAAGACAUGAAAUGGAACAUUUUGAAAGAGAUGAACUGGACGAUAGUGAAGAAGACACAGUAACAGAUUAUUCCCAGAUGAAUACAGCAACAAAUGAUAUAAAUAGUAUUGACUCAACUGAUUUUGUGUUGAGAACAAUGCCAAGCACUACUCUAGUUCCUACAAUCAGUGUAACACCUCAUUUAGCUGCUGGAAAAAAUUAUCCAGUCCUUGAGGAAAAUAUACAACAACUACAUGAAAUACACGAGGUCAUACAACAAAUGCGUGAUUCUGCCACGUUAGGAUUGACACAUAUGAUACAGUUUUGUGGAAUAAACAACUCAUUAAGUUCUUCAUGUCCUUCAUUAAGUAAACCUCUUUGUCAGUCUGAAUUAGAUUCUUCCAGUCUCAACUCUUCUCCUACACAUACUGAUUUAUCUUCGACAUUUGACUCAAUUAGAAGACACAAAAGUGGAUAUGUUAAACGUAAAAACUCUUUCAACUGGUUUAAUAUGGCUAAACAUUGUGGAGAGUCCAAAGAAAAUGAAAUUAUUCGGAGAAGAAGUUGGGCAGCAUUAGAUGAUUUAACAAAGAACCAUAUGCAUAGCUUAAAAAUUGUAAAACGACAAAAAAGUGCAAGCUUAAGUAGUAUGGAAUCUGAGACAGAAGAUCCAUUCACAAAUAGCACAGCAAAUUUAUUAACUACUGACAGUACAUCAUGUCGUCGCCAGAAGUCGAAUAAAAAUGUUGGUCUAAUAAGUCGCAGGUUUAGUGGAACUUCUUCUACACACUCACUUAAUGAGACUGACUAUCAGAAUGGUUUUAACAAAAUAAUCGCCAAACGAGCUGUUGAAACUUGUUUAUUACAAGCCAGACUUCCUUUACAAAAAUCUGUUUCCACACCAUCAAUUAUGGGUACACGUGACAUUUUAAACAAAGAGAAUGUUUCAAAUAAUGAUGUCAAUAGUAUUCCAAUUAAAUACAAAAAUCCUACCCAUCAUAGAGGUCGUCCUAGUGGUACAGAAGACAGUGAGACUGAAGAAGAAACAUUGGAUGUAGAUAGUACAAUGAAACGUUGUUAUAUUACCCCUUCAUCUAAUAACACAAAUAUACCCUUCUACAAUUUGUUUUCUGAUAUGUCAGAAGAUCAAAAUGCAAAAAGAAGAAAAAGAGGAAGUUUAUUUUUUAGAAAGAAAAAAGAUAAAUCAAAGAAAAUUCUUCAUUCCUGGAUGUCUCCACCAUACAGUAACUUUGAACAGUCAUGUGAUUGGUGUGCAAAACCUUUAGAAAACAAACCAGCUUUAUCAUGUGAAAGUUGUUUGAUCACGGUUCACCAAAAUUCAUGUAAAGAUCAAGUUUCUGAAUGUGUUAAACAAAAAUAUGGAAAGAGUAAUCUAAGAUUUUCAUCAUCCUCGUUCCAACAAAGGUUUUAUGGGAAACGCCAAAAUAAUGCUAAUCAGUCUUCGUCACCAAACAGGAAAUUUAUGGUGCAGUUUUACUCGCCUUGGAAAGUGGUAGCAACCAAAUUAGGUGUGAACCAUCCAGAAGAUAAAGAUGAUGCUCAUAGUCAUUCACAAGAUGGUGUAGUGUAUUCGGAUGAAGUUUCCUUGGUCCAAUUUGAAUUUUUAAAUGAAAAUCAUAUAACAGCUCACGAUUUAGAAACUGAUCCUGCAUUGGGACUACACGAAGAACAACCUGAUUCAUGGACACCAACUGUUACCAAAGAUAUUUUGAAAAGAUUGAAAGAUAAAGAAAUAAAACGUCAGGAACAUAUUUAUGAAUUUGUGUUAACUGAAAAACAUCAUUGCCUUACUUUGAGAGUCAUGCAGAAAGUAUUUGUUGAUGGUUUACAAAAACAUUUUCAACUCGGCGAUAAAGUUUAUCGCAUGUUCCCUAGAUUAGCUGAACUUACCGAAAUUCACAUUGGAUUUUUGAAAAGUCUGAAAGAAAAACAAUGUUCAGCCGCUAUCAAUAAUAAUGGAAUUGUAGAUUCCAUCGCAGAUUUACUAUUAGAUCAAUUUUCAAACAUAAAUGCUCAACGUUUAAAAAGCUCUUAUGGAGAAUUCUGCUCAAGACAUAGGGAUGCAUUGGAUGUUUAUAAAGUUUUAGAAAAAGAUCCAGCAUUUUUUAAUUUUAUCAAGCACUGUCAGGCCAAUCCUUUGUUGAAAAAAAAAGGUAUUCCUGAGUGUGUAUUGUUUGUAACUCAAAGACUAACUAAGUAUCCAUUACUCAUUGAACCUCUUAUAAAAACUUCAAAAGAAAACAAAAUCGAAUGUGAAAAACUUACUAGGGCAUUAAAAAUGGUUAAAGAUAUAUUGGUGGAAGUAGACUCUCAGGUAGCUGAAAAAGAAAAAGAAGAUAGAAAACUUGAAAUAUAUAAUCGGAUGGAAGCCAAGUCUUUUACUAAUUUUAGAGGACGUAAAUUUAAGAAAUCCGAUUUACUGUCUGAGAAUAGAAGACUGAGAUUUGAAGGGACAGCGUGGCUUAUGCAACGUCAUGCAAAAACACAAAUGGUGAUGGUUAAUGUUAUUGUUAUGACUGAUGUGUUGUUUUUUAUACUUGAAAAUAAUCACAAGUAUACUUUUUUUAUGCCUGAAAGCAAUAAAGAAAAAGAAAAUAAAGUUUUAAAACCAGUUGCUGGUGUAGUAUCGUUGCAAAAACUCUUAGUAAGAGAAAAAGCUGGUACUGAUACUAAAGGUAUUUAUUUAAUAUCUUCUAAUCCAGCAGAACCAGAAAUGUUUGAACUCAAAGUGCAUAAACCUAAAGACAAACAAGUAUGGAUACAAUCUAUUCGUUCAGCUGUGAAUGAAUGUCCUGAAGAAGAAGACAAUGGAUAUGUAACCUUCAGUUUUGAAGAAAGACAAAGGCAAUUAGAAACUAAGAAAAAUAAUAUAAGAGAAAUUGUUGGAGUUUUGAGACAAAAAGAUGUGGAACAAGCUCUGAUUUUAGAAGAAAAAAUGGGCUUACAGCUAAAGCUAUUAGCAUCCGCUGGAGUAGAAAGCUUACCAAUUGAAACUCCAUCAUAUUGUCAUUUGGUUACAGAGCAUCAAGAUUCGGAAAAGAUACGAAAAGAAGUUAUGAAUGCUAUACAGAAAGUCAAUGAACUUGCUUGUUCAUUGUAUGCUUCCGGUACAAAUUUGUCUCGUAGUGCAAGUUCUGUAGGUGAACAUCAAAGUGUAACAUAUGUUUCACCUACAUUACCUAAAAGAGCUGAAACAUUUGGUGGAUUUGAUAAUUCAUUAUCAUCACCAAAAAAUGCUUUAAGAAAAUUACCAAAAGUUGUGGACGGUAAUGAAAAUAGUGUGGAAUCUGGCAAUUCUAGUCCAAUAGGUACUCCAAGUUCCACUCGUAAAGAUUCCAAAUUGAGGGAUGGAAAUCUUACUUGGAAAGAAAAUUGUAGUACAAGCUCAUCUCAAAGUGCUACUACAAUACAAUCAUCCAGCGAGUUCCCAACAUUAUUAGCACUAGGAAAAGAACAACAAGCUACGGCAAUGGAAUUAACACAUCAUAUUUAUACUUUAUCUUCCAUUAUUUCACAACAAAUGACUAAUAUUGAUAGUCUUCAAGCUGAAUUAGCUGCUUACAAGUCUCAGAAUCUUAUGGAAGACCCAGCUGUAAACAGUUCAAAUAUGAAUUCUAGUGCCUUGUUAAAAGAUAAAAGACCAGUUUAUAGACAUAAUCAUCAAUUAGAGGAACUACGCAAUCUACAAGACAAGUUUACACAUGAGAAAGAGUCUUGGAUAAGAGAACGUGACUCUGAAAUUAAGGAUUGGGAAGAAAAAAGAGAACAGUUGCUCAGAUUACAGGAACAAGUACGAUUAGAACAAAUUGAUGUAACUCAGCAACGAGAGCAGCUUUACCUUAAAUUGCAAAUGUUAACCAAUCAAGGUAUUAUUGUGUCACCUAAUAUGCAGCCGCCACCUGUGUCACCAAAUCAACAAACACAAAAUCAAUCUCCCUCUGAAGGAGUAGCUCAACCGUUGGCUCAUUCAGAAUCUGUGCGUAGCAAAAGAACCGAUUCUAUGAAAUGGAAACAGCAUACUCCACCUUCAGCCGCUUCCACAUCUACAUUACCCAUUAAUCUGAUUAGUGCUACAAACCAACAAAAGGUAGCUUCCAAAGUUCAAAUAAAACAGAAAUUACCGUUUAAAUUAGCUAAUAAAUUGGGUAACAAUAAUGCAAGUUCUACAUCUGACACCUUACCCAAUACCAUAACUUCACCUACUUCCCAAUCAGCAUAUGCUUUUCAACAGCUUUUACCAUUAAAGUUGCGUGAGAGUGCCAAAAACCCAAUAAACCCUGUUCAAGGGAGUUCUGUUGAAUUAUUAUCACCAUCAAAUCAACAAGGUCCUAGUCAUUCACGUACAGGAUCUAGUCCGGCAAUGAUGCAAAGUGCUCAGAUAAUAGAAGGAAAACAAUCGGGCAACAAAGCUGGCAGAACAAAUACCUAUCCGAAAUUGCCUGAAAAAUUUCGUAUUCGUAGCCCAGAGUCAAAACAAUCCAAAACACAGAAUACCGAAAACAGUGGCAGCAUCAAUAACACCAAUGCUACCUCCACCACCGAAGAAGAAGUGAUAUUCUUCUAAUUGUAAUAUUUUUCUACAUCUUAAACAUUUUCAUUACUAGUGGAUCUCUUUGUUUAUAUUGAAUAGGACAAACUACUAUGGACAUUCUUAGACAAUAAUUUUAUUAAUACUAUAUAACAUUCUCCAGAUAUUAUAUAUUUCCCAUUCCACUAUUUAACUUAUAAGUUUUUUAGAAUCAUAAAACGUCUUUCAAAUUAACAUAAUGGUAUUAAAUAUUAGUAGAAUUCAAAUUCCCAAUGGUUUUUUUAUAUUAUAUACAUAGCAUAUAUAUUUUUGUCAUUGGUGUUCAGUUGUUAAAUUAUGUCUUUCCUAUUACAUUUGUUUUUUUUUCCAAAAUGUUUAUCCAUUUCUUUCAUUGUGAUUUUUUUUUCUAAAAUUAUUUAUUUCAUUUAUUGUAGUUAUCUAUUUUAAAUCCUUAAAUUUAAGGCUAGUGGUAAUGUUCGAGCUUUAACAUGUGUUAUUUUUUUUAUACAUUUUGUUUUAUAUUUCUACUUCUAUUUAUAUACUAUUAUUAUUAUUAUUAUUAUUAUUUUUAUUAUUACUAUUAUAAUAUUUUUUUUUUUGGGGGGAAAGUCCUUUGAGGUGGCCUAAGCAAUAAUUGAUGACUAAGACUUUCAAAUUUCGCCUAUAUGUUGCCUAACAUAACUAGGGCUGUGAUGCACCUUUAUUUUGUGGUUAAAUUUAUAUAGUAUUUUUUUAUUAAAAAUAUUUCAUUAGCAAUAAUCAGUGAUAACAGUUACUUGAGUGAUGACAAACAACUACAAUGUAACAGACAAAUACUAUCUUAACUUGUAGGUUUUUUUAAUUUUGCUAAGUUUUGCAUGUUUUAUCAUCACUUAAGAUACUGUUUUGUACUAACCAUGUGUCUUAUAUGCAAUACUUAUUUUUAAAUGUGAUUAAUUAUAAAAAUAUUGUUUUGAUAACUUUUAUAUAAUAAUUAUUUUAAUAUUAUAUCACAUAUUAUGGUUCAAAAAGAUAUGUAGGAACUUAAAUUUAUAUGACUUGUUUUGUAAAUAUCGCCAAAUCUUCAGGCUUAUUUGAACCAUUCUUAGUAAAAAAAUAUUUUUUAUUUUUAUCCUUUUUUUAACCAUAAUUUUGUGGAUGACACCAGUGCACGGUUAAUAUUAUUAUUUUUAACCGGUUUUAUUUACCUUUUACUGUGUUUAAAUCAUGUUAAGCUAGUUUCACAGUAUUAUAUAACUUGUAUGACCAAAACUACGUUUUUUUUUUUGUUACUCCUAGAUUUUUGAAUCUUUUUAUUGUUAUUAUUAUUACAAAUAUUUUUUAUUUUUGUAAUAAUACCUAUAUCAAUCUUCUUGGUUUAUUAAUAGUUAUUUUUAAUAAGGUUUGACAAGCUCAUUGUAUUUUGUAUGAUGAUACCUACCUUAUAUAUUUAUAAUAAUAUAUUGUUAUCAUCAUUAUUAUUAUUAUUAUUAUUAUUAUU